GGCAGCGCGAUGUGAUCGCCGACGCUCGUCGCGGCAUUGACGGUUCACUGACGCCGAUUAACAGGCCCGUCGGGGAAGGGAUCGCCGCCGUCAGGGCACCGAGACAGGCCAGAAUUAUGAGGAGAUAACAGAGGCAGAAUGAGAUACAGCAGCAGCGGUAAUCUGUUCGGUUAUGCGGUCCUCACGUUCACCCUCACCCGCCUCAAGGUACACGCGGAAGGCAGAGUUGCUUGUAAAGAUCAACAUGGACGUUCUUAUGAAAGCGGUUACCACUAUAUUCCUGGACCUGAACCGUGUACCUUCUGCAUUUGUGAUAAUGGUAAUCCAACACUGUGUAAAGCGUUCAUUUGCAAAUUUAUCGAGGAGAAUUGCAAAUCCUUCCGUCGAGGUGAUACCUGUUGCGAAUUUAUUUGUCUGGACAACACAUUGUUAUCUAACGACAAAACUGACGGAGGGGGAAGCAACGUAAUAGAUGGAAGCGCAAAUUAUGAUAUAGGUUUACGAUCGGUUGCCAGUUUUGUGACAGCAAUAUUUUCACUAAGUCUGUUGUUUUUCUUGAUACAUCGUUUGCGCCAACGUAAAAUACAAGUAUGUGGUGUACCAGUUUGUGUGGCAGGCCGGGAAAGCAGACAACUUGGAGAGGACCAAAGAAGUUUAGGUAAUAUGGGAUACUUGGACAGAAGCGGAUUGCCCCAUGGGGUUCCCAUGGAUGACAUACCUUGCGGGACGGGCUACUCGCUGUGGAAGCCACCUGGCAGCAAUUAUUUCCCGCGUGGAGAGGCUCCACCUCCUUAUGAGGAGGCGAUAGCCGCCGCAAGGGCGGAACAGGCGUUGUUAUCGAUGAAUCCGCAUACGCUGUUGUCAAUGAACUUCUCGGAUAAUUACAUGCCGAACGCUAACAAUCACACGGGCGUGGCGAUUGUCACUGACGCGACGCAAAGCGAAUUAACCGUGAACAUGCAAGCAUCAUCCAAUGAUAGUCACAUAAGCACACCCUUGAUGUCUUCAUCGAGCAGGCCGCUCUCUAGUCCCAGCAUGUACACUGCUAAUUAUCGACCAAUGAGCCAAAGCAGCGCGACGUCCACCAUCGAUCUGAACACGAGCACCUCGACCACGAGUUUCACCAUGGGAACAAACACGUAUGAGAAUCUGCCCAUCAUCCCAUCGGUCGGCAUGGCGAAUCAUCUCAAUGAUAGCCAACAACAUUCUGGCGUGGCCAGUACCGUCACGCAGCCACUGCUACCGAUAUCGCAUUCGACUAUCCCCAAAAGUUAUCGCCAACACGCGGCAAUGUUUCCGCGUCAGGGCGACAACGGCGGCGGCGGCGGCGCGUUCACAAUAUCGGCGACUCUGUCGAACUCGGACGUGUCUUCCCAUCGCACGAUCCCAAGAACGCUGACCACCCACGUCACCAGCAGAGCGAAGGACGUCCUGACCGAUUGCUCGACGAAGGACUACCUGCGAUUGUCACCGAGCAACGUCGCGGCGCCGCAGGGUCUACCGCACUCCGUACAACUAUCCGCAACUGCCCCGAGUAAUUAUAGAAAUAUCAAAGACUCGGACACGUUUUAUACAGAUGCUCCCGUAGCGUCAGCGUCCGGUCUAGUGCAACCCGAAACGUAUACGAUCGACACGGUGGCCAUGUGCGAGAAGACGUACGAUUUUAAGCCUUCGUUGAGCGUAGCUAACGAGAUCAACGAAAGCGGUAGCUUCGAAUCGUGCAACUACAGCAUGCAAGCGUUACCGACUCUACACGACGAUGCGGACGAUUAUCGGAGCGAGUGCGAGAACUGCAAGAGCGCGACGGGCUCUCGCUAUUACUUGGAUAACGAGGACGAGCUGGUUACGUCUCUUCACGAAACGAUGACGUUACAGAGAAGACCGGACGAAACAAGUGCCACACCACAGUAUUAUAGAACUUCACUUACACUGCCGACGAGUACACGCCAACGUACGAGGAUUGCCGGAGCUCGGGAGAAUUGGUUCAACACGAUGCCAGAAAGUUCUAGCGGAUCUUCCGACGAAAACUAAGUAUUACGAGAAAGAAUAGAAGAACAAUGUUAAAUGAGCAAAUAAGAUUAUUAUACACACACACGCACACACGUACACAUACAUAGUACCUAUAUAUGUUAUACAGUAUAAAGUUAUAAGUAUUCAAGCCACCUAUACAGAGUGUCCCAGAAUUAUUGCGCUCUUCCUCUUGGAUAAGACUGUUGAUUGAACCGGUUGGAUUGAAUUGAUCGAUUAUCGAUACACAGUGCAUCAAUCAUUUUUCCGUUACCUCAAGGUCCGGAGCCAAAAAAUAUUUAGACUUGUAUCAUAUUUGUAUCAUAUUUGAUGACGGGGAGGAGAGAGAACUCUCCCGAACUGUCGCAAGUUUUGCCAUUUGCAUUUGAUGGCACGGUGGCAAGUCUUAAGUCUUCCAAAAUUUUCAGCUUCUCUAUUCUUCAUGUAAUAUUCGAGAGAAACUGUCAGUUCUUGGGACAUCCUCUAUAGCGACCGCCGUAAUUAUCAUCGUCACCGUCAUCCUCAUCGUUACCGUCAUCGUCACCUUAUUAUAAAUCUUAAUCUUAAUCAUCGUUGUCGUUAUUAAAUAACGAGAACUCGUGAAACUUCGACCGUGCGUCUUUCUACCUCCGAGUACUGAGGGAUUUCACAGUGAAAUCGCACGAGUUUCUACAUCGCGUAAUAUUAUUAAUAACCAUCAUUACCAUUGUCAUUGUCAACGUCGCAUCACACUGUUGUUACCAUGACAGUACCUUUUACGAAUUUUAAUUUACUCUUAACGAAGAAGAAAAAAAAUUAAUAAAAUUCUGUUUUACAUCCAAAGGAAAUUAUACAAAUUUUAAUAAUAGAACUUUAUUGUAAAAAGUAGAAUUAAACCAUAUCUGUACAUGUAUAUGAUAUACUAGGAUAGCCGUAAAGAAUGUAACAAGUCGUGAAACUCUUUCUUUCAUGAAAUGUCUACGGAUGUGAGAUUUUUGUUAAUAUAUUCCUUAAUUGUAUAUAUGAGUUGGGUUUUACACGAGACAGCGCUGUGAUAUUAUUGAAGGCCCACAGCCUGGGUGAAUCUCCGUGACUGAGAGUGAGGCCUGACGAUGGGAAAAUAAUUCAAGAACGUUGAUAUUCAUCGCCAAUCAUUUUCACGCGAAUAACGGGAAUAACGAGUAAAUAAUAAUUUUGCUAAAUUUUUGGUAGAGGAAGCUUAAUGUCACGUUCAUCAAAUGAAUCGGUGAUCCUUAUGCUUUGCUACUGUGUAGAUACGUGUAAAAAAACGAAAAACGGAAUUCGGCUGCGCUUUGUAACAUCGGAAAAAUCGCUUGUAAGAUUGGACGAAAAGACGAAAAGUGCCGAAAAGUGCUGACACAAGGCGGAGGAAUAAAAGUGAAAUUAUGACGAAGAGAUAUUUUAAUUGUAAAUUAUCUGUAUAAUUCGAGCGGGGGAAAGAGAAAGAUAAAUACGAGUUCGAGCUGCGUUUUGUUUCGAAUUUACGUUACGGCAUCUUUAGGGUCGGUAAGGAACGGUGCGAAAGAAAGCUUUUAUUUUAGUAUUAGAGUAUUUACGUGUCGUUCUCUGUCUUGGGAUCAUUCACACAAUGUUGACCGAACCAUAGUUCUUUGUGACUGUAACACGGAACUCUUUUGAGCUUCUUGAACAAAAAACUCUUGUGACUUCUUCUUAUUCAUGAUACUGUGAAAUACACAAAUGGUUAGCAAAUAAAUCUUCUCUUCUGAUUGCCAAUG